UGCUCGUUGACAAUAACGCGCCUAUCGAUACUGACACCAUUACCCGGCGAUAUGACGUCACUAACAUUGGCUGUCAAGAUGCAGAGCUCCAAGCGUACAUUACGUUCACACGAGAUACCCAUAAAUAGCAGUGGUUUUGCGCAAAGUGGUGCAUCCGGUGGCACAGCAACUGGCCUGACCGCUUCGAACAAUGCUGUUGGCAGCAUUAUGCAGCAGAGCAACUCUGGAGCCUCACUUAUCGGUGGUGGUUGUGGUGGUGGUGGCAUUAACAACGCAAUGGGCAGCAGCAAUGCUCAAAUGGGUUCAGCCAUAAUUGGCACGCCCGGAAAUAUUGGAAAUACGGGUAUUGGCAUUGGCAUUGGCGGAAGUAGCAGUGGUGUUGUGUCCAUGACAGCGGGCGGUAGUGGCGGAGCGACCACGAUGCCAUUGGCAGAGACUGAAUUAGAUUUACACUUCAGCCUGCAGUAUCCGCAUUUUAUCAAGCGCGAUGGCAAUAGCAAUCGCAUUGGCUACAAUUUACCCUUCUCUCCCUUCUCUCGCUCAAACGCACAUAGACUGGUUAUAUUGUUGCAACGUCGCAAAAAAUACAAAUCACGCACCAUCUUGGGCUACAAAACCCUGGCCGAGGGCAUUAUACGUAUGGAUGCAGUGCUGCAAAAGUCCAUGGACAUGACAGUCGAACUGACGGCAUCCGGCAAAAAUGGCCGACCGGGCACAACUGUGGCGUGUCUACGCGCCGAACGCGUCUCAUCCAUUCCAGUUGAUCAUGACAAUAAGAAUAAUAAUAGCGUACUACUGGCAGAUCGUGUUGCUGAAUACUCAGACGAGGACGAAGAAGGCGAAUUUAGUUCUGGUGAAUUUAAUGAUGAGGCCACCGAACUUGGCAUACCCGGUUACGAUCCCAAACGCGAUUACAACCCGAGCAAGCAUGAUAUGCGAAAAUAUCGUAAAUUGCAACGUUCUGAGGUGGAGGACGUCGCACUAGGCACCAAUCCAGUUGAUAGUGAUAGUGAAUUCGAGAUGAAGGAUAAGAGCUCGUCGCGGGCGAAGAUCAGUCGGACGAUUUCAUUGCAGCAACGCAACUUCAAGCAAAAAAUUGUUGCGUUACUAAAACGUUUCAAGGCUUCCGAAGAGUUGGAGGGUGAGGUGAGUCGCGGCACAGCUGCAUUGCGUGGUGAACGCGAUUUGGAUGCGCUCUUUCAAGAGCUUGAAUCUUUGUCCUGCUGCGAGGGUGACGAUUCCGGCCCCGAUAUGGACAGCUUAUCAAUUGGUUCGACACCGAAACCUUCGCUGCGUCCAUUCUUCACCAACUCACGCAUAAUGUUGCACGAUAAUGGCGCUGGUGGUGGCAACUUUGAACGCAGAUCAUCGGAUAAAAGCGACCAAUUGACCAAUUCGUCAUUCAAUUAUGAUAAUACUAGACAAAAAUGCAUUCAUUUAACAAACAAUAACAAUAAUUCGGCAACAACACCAGAUCGUCCGCCUGACUAUCGCAACGACAGCUCUGGCAAUGAGGGCAAUGCUUUCAAUACCGAUGGUCAGAAUUCCGACCCACAAAAUAGUCCACCACGCACCGAUAAAGACUAUAUGCGUCUGCAAUUAUUGCAGCAACAGCAACAACAACAAUUGACUCCAGUGAGCGGUGGCGGCAACAACAGCAACGCAUUCACCUUUAGUGAGAAGCGUUCGCGACUCUUUCGUACAUCAAGCAAUACACCAAGCGCUGGCGGUAGUAGUGGUGGUGCUAUGGGGAUGGGCAAGAAAAAGCAGACGCUCAGCUUAUCGGCUGAGCCGCGUUCAGUAUUAGAAACAUGUCUGUCACCGACGAAUGUGGAGCCGCGUAAAAUGUUGCUUGACCAGCUGAGCCGCAUAUUCGCCAGCGAAGACACAGUGUUGCCCGAUGUGGUCACAAUAAUCAGUCCACCUGAGGCGCUAAGUGGCAGCGCAUUAAUACCUAAGCUAACAACAUUGUUGGGGAACUCUUUCAAGCCGGCUUUUGUGCCACAAAACACAGCAGAAGUGAAGGCGGUGCUGCAGGCGUUGAUGGGCAAAAUACAGAAAUACUGCAAUUCGAAUGCAAAGCCUCCGAAUACGGUGAAGAUUUUGCUUUUGGGCGGUGAUUGGUUGCAGGGUGCCGCUUUACGCCACUACGUUGAGCUGAUGGGCGUGCGCCCGCCAGAUUGGCUAAAUCAUUUGCGUUUUUAUAUUGUGCCCAUAGGUAGCGGUAGCACGAUUGCGCGUUAUCUCAGCCAAAUCGAUUUAACAUAUGGUGCCAUGUUUGGUUCGGACAAUUGGUAUCAGUUGUGUGAACGCGUAGCGGCGACUGCAGCGGCAGUUAGCGCUGUGACAACAGUGAACGCGUCGGCGCUAUCAACGACGCUCGGUGAUUCGGUGACGGCUAAUAAAUCGGACAUUGUGGAGAUGGUGCAACGCAUACAGCGUUAUUUGCACGCAGCCGGCCCAUGUACACAGAUUCCUAUCGCCGAGGCCAUGGUCAAUUAUAAGGACGAAGAUUCAUGUCAAAUAUUUGUGCCAUUCGUCAGUGACGUACGCAUUGGCUACCUGGAAGGUCCACAGGUAUCACUUGAUCUCGAUGAGAAUGCUGCACAAACUGGCAGUACUGGUGCUCAACAAGGAUUGAAUAUGUCGAGUGCCAUGCCCAUUGGAAAUGCUAAUGUUACGAAUAUGCCCGGUGGUGGUAGCAGCGGAGGUGGUGGAAGCAAUAAUGCACCAUCCGGUUCGCCACCACAAAGUGGUCGUAUCUCACCACCCCAGCAUACGCCACCCUCUUCGGCGAAUGCGCUACGCGAUCGUGGCGGUGAUUCAAUAAGUACACUACCAGCGAAGGCGAAUGAUGCGCCCGAGUCAGUAGAGCUGCAAGUAGACUAUUGGCCUAUUAUGCGACCGGGUGAUUACACACCCAAGGAGAAGAGCAUCACACGUAGUGGUGAUCAGGGUGGCAAGAGUAGCAUUAAGAGCACGUUUAGGAAUCUACAGGUUUGGCGGCUACCGCAGAAUGCUCAACUGGGCGAGAUGUCGCAUGGGUUGACGGUGAAUUUCGCCACUAAAGAAAAAAAACAAAAGCAAAUAAUGCGUCUGGGCAAGAAAAAAGAAAAAGAUCGAGAUCUCGAAAAGGAGCAAUGCGUCGAAGGCGUGGCGCGCCUAAUUUGCUCGCCGAAACCGUCGCAUCCAGUACCGUUGAGAGUAUUCAUCGACGGCACAGAAUGGACUGGUGUGAAAUUCUUCCAAUUGUCAUCGCAAUGGCAAACGCACGUCAAGAAUUUUCCAAUUGCUCUGAUUGGUUGUACGCCAAUGUCAUGUUCUGAGAUAUCCUAGUCAUUUUAAAUACAUACAAAAUAUUAAACGAUGAAACAUAACUUUUUAAUAUGUAAUAAUUAAUGUAACAAUUAUACUUAUAGAGCAGAAAAAUAUGCUGCAUAUAAACAUGUUAUAAAUACGUACGUUGACAAAAAUAUUGUACGACUAGUAUUGGAACAAUAACUUUAAUAUACUGUAUAUUCAUAUAGACAUACAUACAUACAUACUACAUAUACCAUACAUUCAUAAAUGCCUUCAUAAAUGACUACAUAAAAAGCGAACCAUGCACAGCGACGGUGCGCAUAACUCAUACACAAUGCAAUUCAGCAAAAGAAUAAUAGUAAUUAUAAAAAGCUACUUACUUAUAUUUUUACUACAUUCAUCUCUGUAAUAAACAUACAAAAAUGCUAAAUGCAUAAAAAUAGAUUUUCCUUAUGAUUCGUUUUUACAUACUUUUAGCUAUAUAACGACACACGUUCUUUCUUAUAUACAUAUUAGAAUCCAUGUAA